AUGUCUCAACAUCCAUCAUCAUCUGGUACCAAAUCCUCCCAACAUGCAAAGACUCCUUCUAUGGAGUUUGUAGAUGAAGACAUAAUGGACGUCACUCCUCUGUGCAUGAUACCGGGCGACACCACUGGUACUUCCUCCAAGGCUGGAGAUAAGAAAGGUAAUACCUCUGGUAACUCCUCUCUUCCUAAAGAUAUAUACUACACCGAUCGUGCUAUAAGGAGACUGGUUACGAGAAUUCUGAGUGAAGGACAUAAAGUUGAAGGAGUUUCUACCCCUCUGUCCAGAAGGGAACCCUCCCCUGAGGGAGAACCCCAUGCAGAUAAAGAUGAUGAUUCAUCUAUAUCUGAAAAGGAGGUGGUUGCUGAAGGGCUUUGCUUUCUAGGUAAAACCCUACCUAGCAAGAAACAAAAUGUGCCUCAAGAAAAUAUUAUUGAUCUGGAGGAAGAAAGCACUGAAGGAGAGGAUGAUCCUUUUCAUCUGGUUAAACCUAGCGUAGCUGAGAAACUGAGAACUAAGAAAGGAAAAAGAGUAGGACCCUCAAAAUCCUGGAGCAAGGUUGAGGUUGGAAAAAGAAAAGAAAGAGACAGCUCUGAUUUUGAGGAGAAUGUUAAAGACGAUGUCCCAGACAUCUCCCCUGCAAAAAGGCAGGCUGGUCAGAAAUCUCCUGGCAAGACUGUUGCUGCUACUGGUGUACAGCUUGACAAAAUCUCCUUUCACAUGAAAGAUGGAGCAGCAAAAUGGAAAUAUGUCAUUCAGAUAAGAGUAGCCAUUGAAAAAGAGCUUGGACAAGAAGUUAUAGAAGUAAAGGAGAUAAUUGAGCUGAUCAAGAAUGCUGGACUCAUGAAGACUAUGGUGACCCUACCCUAA